AAAAUUUGGAACAGAGCUUGCUAACAUCAGCCGAAUUACCAUCUAGCGACGCAACGAUUCCAAUGCUACGAUGGGGGAAGCGAAAAAUCACUGUAAAAACCUUUCCCGACUGUGAGUCCCCGCCAAUCGCAACGCGGGGUACUGUUGAAGUCGUGAACUUGGAUUUAUCACCUCCACCACCGAAGCUGUAUUUGGAGGAGGAAUUAAACGACGGUUCUGAUAAAGAAAAUGGAUACCUAUCAGCCUAUCCCCAUACAUCCAGUCCGAUUCACCAAGACGUUGCUCAGCCUUUACAUGUUUGCG